AUGGUUCGUGCAUUUUAUGUUCCACUGAAGUCGCAUCUGCAGUGUAGUGCGAUUGUGGGAGAAAAUCUGUCUUGUUCCGAUAGUUCAUGCUCAAUUAUUCAAAACUCGUCUUUGAAACAACAGCGACAGUUUUCCCAUGUGACAUUUCAAUUAAAUGAUACUGCAUUUCCAGGUAUUUACGAUUGUCGCUAUCGUGUUUUAUUGCGUCAUAUGUGUGCACUUCUGGCUGUAGGACAGGACGAUUUUGAAGAUAUAGAGGAUGCAUUAGUAGAUACAAUCACUGGAUAUCAUUACAAAGAAAGUGAAGAACAAAGAAUGGUAAGAGCUAGAGUUGCGAAACUGAAAAAAAUUAAACGAUAUGUUAUGAUUGGAACAGCGAGUAGUGUUGGUGGUUUUUUAUUAGGAAUAACGGCUGGCCUAGCAGCACCAUUGGUAGCAGUUGGUGCAGGAGCCAUAAUAGGUGCUGGAGCAGCAGCAGGUAUUGGAACAGCAGCGGGCGCUACUGUACUUGGGUCGUUAUUUGGAAUAGCUGGCGCGGGGUUAACAGGUUACAAAAUGCGGAAACGAGUAGGUGCAAUCGAAGAGUUUGUAAUUCAGCCGGUUUCUGAAGGACAAAGUUUGCAUUGUAUUUUGGCAGUUAGUGGAUGGAUUGAAGAUCAAGGAGAACGUGUUUUUCAACAGCAGUGGCGGCAUUUAUGGAUGUCGCGCGAACAGUAUGUCUUGCGUUAUGAAAGUAAAUAUUUGGCAGAACUAGGACGAGCAAUUGAUUAUUUGACGUCUUUUGCAGUAUCGCUUGCUGUUCAACAUACUCUUUUGGAAACUGGGCUUGCUGGUUUAGUUGCUGCGGUUGCUUGGCCAGCGGCGCUUCUUUCUGUGUCCAGUGUAAUCGAUAACCCAUGGAAUGUUUGCGUAAGGCGAGCUGCCGAGGUUGGCGAACAAUUAGCCGAAGUAUUGCUAAGUCGUGCGCAUGGUAAUCGUCCUAUUACCUUGAUAGGAUUUUCACUUGGAGCACGCGUAAUUUUCCAUUGCUUAAUGGCCAUGACCAAACGCAUUUCUUGCUAUGGAAUAGUUAAUGACGUGGUACUUCUUGGCGCGCCUGUAACAGCUUCGCCUAUUCAAUGGCAUCAGAUAAGUCGAAUUGUUGGAGGACGAAUUAUAAAUGGUUAUUGUAACAGUGACUGGUUACUGAGGUUUAUUUACCGUGCAAUGAGUGUGCAAUUUACGAUUGCUGGCACCGGUCCUGUCAUAUGCAAAAUGGAAAAGAAAAUUGUCAAUUUCAAUCUCUCUCACUUAAUAAAAGGCCAUAUGGAUUAUUCUCGGAAGUUAACUGAAGUGUUGGAAGCAGUUGGGGUUCGAGUUACACCGCGUUGUGGUCAGUCCGUGCUAAAUGUGGAAAAAGUUACGAGAAAACUGAAUACCGAUAUUAUUGAUUUUCAUACGGCGAAUUAA